AGCCUGUGGAGAAAGCACUCUUUAAGGGACCAAAUGUGUGGGGAUUUCUAAACUGCACAGUUUUAUAUCUUUAUCACAGAUAUUUGCCAGCCAAGAUGGAGUUAUUUUGGUGGCUACUGUUACUUCACAAGUCGAGCAUGCGCCUCGUGGCUGACCGCUGAAUCAAACUGUUCUACGAUGAGUUCCAAUUUGGUAACGGUUCACAAUCAAGAAGAAAAUGUCUACAUUCAACACCGUCACAACGGAGAGAGAUCUUGGAUUGGACUGAAUGACCGAAGUGUGGAGGGCUCCUUUGUGUGGACAAACAAAGAAAUAAGCAAAUUUAGGUUCUGGGCCCCACAGCAACCGAACGACUGGAAAAACGAAGACUGUGUUCACACUCUUGGCGCCAGGCAUGGUUACACUUGGAAUGAUGUGCCAUGUACUAACUGUUACAACUACACUUGUUUUAAAGGUAAUAAGCGUAGCACUAUGGAGAUUUAUACCCUUAUAUAUCUUAAUCUUCAUGUUCCAGACAGUGAAUCUACUGAGUUAAAACUACAUUCAAAAAGUUCGAAACACAAUUACAGCAUGUUAGGCAGAUGGUUAGACAGAUGGAAGAGAGGGUAACACCAAUCAGUUUCAUUAUUAGAAACAUGGGGAAACAAGUCGUAUACAUUUGCAUUAAAAAAAUGUCCAUUGACUUAAAAAUGGCCGCAAAAGCCUGAAAUCGGCGUAAUCAAAUCAAGAACGAGAAAGCGUUCAUACGUUGGAACCACGGGAAAAGUCGCGCUAACCUCCGCCUACUUUUUAACCCGGUUUUCUAAACACCUCUUUGCAAAUUAUUAACGAACAUAUUAAGUAUAUACGUUAACUCAGGGCAAGCUUACGACCCGUUCCUUUUUUCACACAUCUUUUUUUUGCCUUGCCAGUGUACUUCAAUUACCCAGGUACACCACAGUGUAUUCGUUUCAAACAAGCUUCAUUAACUAAAAAAGUCAUGUUGUUUGACAAGAAGCCUCUGUGUGCUUACUUUUUAGACAAAAAAAAAAAAAAACAAACAAACAAACAAACCAACACCGACCGUUUUGCAAAGUUUGUAACGUGCAAAUAUGCCACCUAUUUAGAUUCCUAAGCGCCUUACAUACUUAUUUUGUAUUAUUUAUUACCUUAGAUUCCUGUUAUUUCUGACCCUACCUGUAUUUCAGUUCUCACUGCAAAAGGUACCAAUAAACCAAUUUAUUUAUUUAUAUUUAUUUAGACUUGGAUGAAUGUACCACUGGUUCCCACUCCUGUGACGUCAAUUCCGUUUGCCAGAAUACCGUGGGUUCCUACAAAUGCUCGUGUAAUGCUGGGUACACCGGAGAUGGAAAACCUUGCAAAGGUAUUUGAGCAGGUAGAUUUAAUAUUAGUUAUUCUAACGCUUUACGUAACUUACAAUUCUCAUGCAGAUAUCGACGAGUGUUCUACCAACUCUCACAGCUGUGACGUUAAUGCGGUUUGCAGCAAUACUGUUGGAUCGUACGCAUGCGUAUGUAAAGCAGGAUUCACAGGCGAUGGAAAAACAUGCUCUGGUAAGCUGUUGCGGUGUUGCAAAAAACGCUUCCAAAACGAUGUGCGUGUCUGUUUCUUCUAUACUCGAUCUUUACAUUUAUACAUGUAGAAAACGAUGGUCAUAUAACUUUUAAUCAAUGGUUCGAAAUAAUAAUUACAGUCAAACCAGGUCAAGCGUACCCCCCAAGAAUCCAUUAAUGAAUUUAUUAUUCAAAAGUUGAAUCCGUUGCUAGUUGUAGAUUUCAGAUUGAUCUCUGCAUUCUUGUAUGUGUAAUGAGCCGUGAAUUCACACGCGAGGCAGUUAUGAAAUUUCUGCCAGCUCCAUUUUCCCGAAAUUGAUGUAAAUGUCUUCUAAGAAGCUUAAUCCAUUCAAAGAUUUCCAAUCUGACCAAGUACAGAGAAGUUCUCGCAAAAUAUUCACUGCUCAUUACGCAUGCAGAAAUGCCGCUUUGAAUUUGACACCAGUUACGGGAACGACUAACGGAUUCAUUUUUUAAAUAAUCAAUUCGCUGAUAGAAUCUUGGGGGGUACGCUUGACUUGGUUUGACUGUAAAGUAAGACUAGAAAUACAUAUCUCGCCAAAUUUCACUAAACUCGGUCUUGUACACUUGUCAAGGCCAGCCGGUUAGAAACUGAUUGGGUGACCAGGCUCUAUAAUUAAUCUAUCGUAAGACCUGGGACCCCUUUCUCUCCUGUCUUCUUUUCUGUUUCAUUAUUCUAUUUGAUUUUUAAAUGCGUAAUUUAAAGCAUAUUUAGCAUUAUUUGGGCUUAACAUCAAAUCAAAGGUACAUAUUGGGGACAUUUAAGGUUUUUUUUCCGUAAAACCCAAACUGAAACGCACGUCCGACAAACAUAUCUUAACGAAAUUGAUCUUUAGUAUGCCAACUGAGCAAACAGGGUACUUUGCUGUUAUAAUUAAUAAAAAUUCGCAUUGAAUCGUUAUGCAUUUCAGAAAGGAAAUUUUCUCCCUCGAAUACUCCCUCUUACUAUAGCUCGUUCUGCUAUAGAGCUAAGAGAAAGUCUCACCUAUAAGCUAUCUUAAGAAGUUCUCGCCUUUUGAGAUUCUUUUCUUUCGAAUUGUGUUUAUUUAAUACGUGUAGUUCAAUGUUUCCCUCUCCGUUUAUAUGUAAAAAAGGCAUGAAAAAUCGGAUUACCUGUAGUAGUUAAGCAGGGUUAACGCAAAGAGAAAAUAUAAGUAAAUGACCUUUAGUUAUUAAUCCAGAGCUUGUUGCAUCACUAAAUAAGAACGCUUCCUCACUUUUUUCGCCAGAUAUCGACGAGUGCUCUACCAACUCUCACAGCUGUGACGUUAAUGCGGUGUGUAAUAAUACUGUUGGAUCUUACGCAUGCGCAUGUACAGCAGGAUUCACAGGGGAUGGAUUCACAUGCACUGGUGAGCCGUUUGAGUUUAAUUCCGUUUGUAUGAUAUGUUCGUUUUUAGAUUGA